AAUAACUUUUACGGCCGGGCCGACAUUGAGCUCUGUGGAGCGAAACAGAGGGACUGUCACGUCUCGGGUGUUUACAGACAGCUCUCAUGGUGCUGGUUAGCGAGCUACCCACAUCAUUCUCCCGUGUUUUCCACGAAGGAAAGGAGGUGAAAACUACCCGCCGCCAUUUUUUGGAAGUGACUGACUGGGAGUGGGGAGUUAGCUGUAAACUGGAUAGAUUUGAAGGGCCCCAGCUGAUAUCGUUUAUAUUCCCCGUGAGUCAUCAUCUUUAGCGCUGUCAGUGCCGACGGGUUGGACGCUGCUAACUGGUGUGGGCUAAGUUAGCCACAUUAGCACAUUGAGGUUUUCUCUCGGAGUGCUCUCAAACCUGGCCUGGUGGACGGGUUUCAAUGCAUAUACUGCCUCCCUCUGGCAGAUGAGUAACCAGCAGGGCCUGACGCGUCGCAGUCGCACAGCCAGAUAGUCCUCUGGGAGUGCGGCGGGUCCCCUGGCUCGCAGCAUGCCCACCACCAACCGGGCAGGGAGCCUGAAGGACCCCGAUAUCGCAGAGCUCUUCUUCAAGGAGGACCCCGAGAAGCUCUUCACAGACCUUCGUGAGAUCGGUCAUGGCAGUUUCGGUGCUGUUUAUUUUGCCCGAGAUGUGCGGACUGCAGAGGUGGUGGCCAUCAAAAAGAUGUCCUAUAGUGGGAAACAGUCCAAUGAGAAAUGGCAGGAUAUCAUUAAGGAAGUCAAAUUCCUCCAGAGAAUACAACACCCAAACAGCAUAGAAUAUAAAGGAUGCUACCUGCGGGAACACACAGCAUGGCUUGUUAUGGAGUAUUGUUUGGGGUCAGCCUCUGAUCUCCUUGAAGUUCACAAAAAGCCUCUUCAGGAAAUUGAGAUUGCAGCAAUUACCCAUGGUGCUUUGCAGGGCCUUGCCUACCUUCAUUCCCAUAACAUGAUUCACAGGGAUAUUAAAGCUGGGAACAUCCUGCUGACCGAGCCUGGACAAGUCAAACUGGCAGACUUCGGUUCUGCCUCCAUCGCCUCUCCAGCCAACUCUUUUGUGGGGACACCAUAUUGGAUGGCCCCUGAAGUGAUUCUAGCCAUGGAUGAGGGACAGUAUGAUGGAAAGAUUGAUGUCUGGUCUCUUGGUAUUACCUGCAUAGAACUAGCGGAAAGGAAGCCCCCUCUUUUUAACAUGAAUGCGAUGAGUGCCUUAUACCACAUAGCGCAGAAUGAGAGCCCCACGCUGCAGUCAAGUGAAUGGACGGAUUAUUUGAGAAAUUUUGUGGAAUCUUGCCUUCAGAAAAUCCCCCAAGACAGACCACACUCUGAUGAUUUGUUGCAGCAUGCCUUCAUCCAGCGAGAGAGGCCAGAAUCUGUCCUGAUUGACUUAAUUUUGCGGACAAAAGACGCUGUCCGAGAGUUGGACAACCUGCAGUACCGCAAGAUGAAAAAGAUCCUCUUUCAGGAGGCCCACAAUGGUCCGACAACCGAGACCCAGGAGGGAGAUGAGGAGCCGGAGCAUGGUGCUGGGCGUACAGGCACAGUGAGCAGUGUAGGCAGUAACCAGUCCAUUCCCAGCAUGUCCAUCAGCGCAAGCUCUCAGAGCAGCUCUGUGAACAGCCUUCCAGAUGCUGCUGAUGACAAGAGUGACCUCGACCUGGAGAAGGACCACACUGUGAUGUCUAACAGUUCGGUUAUACAUCUCAAGCCUGAAGGAGAGGAAGUUUACCAUGAGGAUCCUGAGACAUGUCCUGAUCCUACAGAUGCCCUGGCAGCACCUGCCCAGCCCCCACAACGCAAGCACCAUCGCAACCGCGAGCACUUUGCCACAAUUCGCACAGCGUCUCUGGUGACACGGCAGAUGCAGGAACACGAGCAGGACUCUGAGCUGAGGGAGCAGAUGUCUGGUUACAAGCGCAUGAGACGGCAGCACCAGAAGCACCUUAUGGCUCUGGAGAACAAGCUGAAAGCAGAGAUGGAUGAGCACAGGCUGAGACUGGACAAAGAGCUGGAGGCCCAGAGAAACAGCUUUGCCGCAGAGAUGGAAAAAUUGGUGAAAAAAAACCAAACAGCCAUGGAAAAAGAUGCCAAGUUAUUUUCAACUGAUGAGAAGAAGUUCCAACAGCACAUUCAGGCCCAGCAGAAGAAAGAGCUCAGUAGCUUCCUGGAGUCACAGAAACGAGAGUACAAGCUACGCAAAGAGCAACUGAAAGAGGAACUCAAUGAGAACCAGUCCACCCCUAAGAAGGAGAAGCAGGAGUGGCUUUCAAAGCAGAAGGAGAACUUUCAGCACUACCAGGCAGAGGAGGAGGCCAACCUGCUCCGCCGACAGCGGCAAUACCUGGAGCUUGAGUGUCGCCGGUUUAAACGCCGAAUUGUUAUUGCGAGACACAAUGUGGAGCAGGACCUUGUACGGGAGGAGCUCAAUAAGCGUCAGACACAGAAAGAUCUUGAACACGCCAUGCUGCUACGCCAUCAUGAAUCCAUGCAGGAGUUGGAGGUGAGGCAGCUGGGUACCAUUCAGAAGAUGCGUACAGAGCUGAUCCGCUUGCAGCACCAGACGGAGCUCACCAACCAGUUGGAGUACAACAAACGCAGAGAGCGAGAGCUGCGCAGAAAACAUGUCAUGGAGGUCCGACAACAGCCCAAGAGUCUUAAGUCCAAAGAGCUGCAGAUCAAGAAGCAGUUCCAAGACACAUGUAAGAUUCAGACACGACAGUUUAAGGCUCUGCGUAACCAACUUCUGGAGACCACACCCAAGACUGACCACAAGCUCAUGCUGAAGAGAUUGAAGGAGGAGCAGACCAGAAAAUUAGCCAUCCUCGCUGAGCAGUACGACCAUUCCAUCAAUGACAUGCUGUCCACACAAGCUUUGCGUUUGGAUGAGGCUCAAGAGGCUGAGUGUCAGGUGCUAAAGAUGCAGCUGCAACAGGAGCUGGAGUUACUGAAUGCCUAUCAGAGCAAGAUCAAGAUGCAGACUGACGCGCAGCACGACCGUGAGAGGAAAGAGUUGGAGCAAAGGGUCUCGCUGCGAAGAGCUCUACUUGAGCAGAAGAUUGAAGAGGAGAUGGUUGCUCUUCAGAAUGAGCGCUCCGAGCGCAUCCGUAGUCUCUUGGAGAAACAGGCUCGGGAGAGCGAAGCUUUCGACUCUGAAAGCAUGCGUCUGGGCUUCAGCACAAUGGUGCUUUCCAGCUUGGCUUCGUCUGAUGGCCACAGCCACAGCUUCCCUGGGGCUCAGAGUAGCUGGGGCUCCCAGCAUGGUGCAAGCUCUCAGGGUUCACACUGGGGAGGUGGCUCAAUCAGCGGAGGGCACCAUGGUGGCAGCCAGCAUGGUCACCAUCACUACCACCCAGGCCAGAGCAGCUCUAUCCAGCAGCCCUGGGGUCACUGCCUGUCUUCGGGCGGGCCGCCUCCCUGGGGGCACCAUGGAUCUGAGGGCAGUCAGCGCCAGAGUGGGGGAGGUGGUGGGCUACGGAACAGUACCCAGGUGGUAAGGCGCCCCUCAGGGGGCCGCAGUGAGCAGGGGAUGAGUAGGAGCGCCAGCAUCGCCUCUCAGAUUUCCAAUGGCUCGCACCUGUCCUUCACGUAAGACCGCCUGCUGCUCUCCCACAACACCCAUCUUACAAUGACCCUGAAUGCCAUAGGGGAAGGGAUACAGGGGCACCAUGGUCAAAGGAGGACCUGGAGGGUAAAAAACAUUCUGCUUGCAGUCCUCUCUUUUCUACCCACUCCUUUAUUUUUGUCUCCUGAAAUUUUUUUUAUAUUCCUAGUAAGCACAAGAAGUAAUCCAUUGUAGUUCCACUUAUAAGAAUGUCAGCCAGAAGGGCAUGUAUAAGGUUCUGGAUGGUUUUUCGUUUUGUGGUGAUAUGAAUUAAUAUGAUGAAUUUAGAGAGGUUUCUGUUUUAGUUUGAUAUGAUAAAGUUAGUGAUGGUGAGAUUGAAUAUAUGAAUGCUGUGCAUUGCCUCUCACUGGUGAGAGGAAGAACUCUGGAGAUUGUAUGUAAGGAUUUUUAUCAUGAUCUUAUUAGCAGGUAGUUUUGGCUGUUUGUUUGUUGUCAGAGAGAGUGUGUGUAGAGUAUUUAUCAUUUCCUUCCUUAGAAAUAUAGAUACAAAAGAAAACAAUUGCAGUUAUAUGGAAUAUAUACAUGUGUGUAUAUAGACAGUAUACUGUAUAUACAGUUGAAGCCAGAAGUUUACAUACACUUAGGUUGAAGUCAUUGAAUCUGUGGAGUGGUUAAAAAAUUAGUUUUAAUGUUAGCAAACUAUAGUUUUGGCAAGUUGUUUAGAACAUCUACUACGUGCAUGACACAAACAGACAGAUUGUUUAACUUUUAAUUGAAUAUCACAAUUCCAGUGGGUCAUAAGUUUACAUACACUAAGUUAACUGUGCCUUUAAGUACCUUGGAAAUUUCCUGAAAAUGAUGUCAAGCCUUUAGGCAAUUAGCCAAUUAGCUUCUGAUAGGAGGUGUACUGAAUUGGAGGUGUAUUCCUCUGGAUGUAUUUUAAGGCCUACCUUCAAACUCAGUGCCUCUUUGCUUGACAUCAUGGGAAAUUCUAAAGAAAUCAGCCAAGACCUCAGAAAAAAGUUGUGGGAGCAAUUUACAAAUGGCUGAAGGUACCACGUUCAUCUGUGCAAACAUUAGUAUGCAAGUAUAUACACUGUUACCACGUAGCCAUCAUACCGCUCUGGAAGGAAAUGCAUUCUGUCUCCUUGAGAUGAACAUAGUUUGGUACGAAAAGUCAAAAAUAAAUCCCAGAACAACUGCAAAGGACCUUGUGAAGAUGCUGGUGGAAAUUGGUAGACAAGUAUCUAUAUCCGCAGUAAAAUUAGUCCUAUAUCGGCAUAACCUGAAAGACUGCUCAGCAAGGAAGAAGCCACUGCUUCAAAACCACCAUAAAAAAGCCAGACUACAGUUUGCAAGUGCACAUGGGGACAAAGAUCUUACUUUUUGGAUAAAUGUCCUCUGGUCUAAUGAAGCAAAAAUUUUACUGUUUGGCCAUAAUGACCAUCAUUAUGUUUGGAGGAAAAAGUGUGAGGCUUUCAAGCCGAAGAACACCAUCCCAACUGUGAAGCAUGUGGGUGGCAGCAUCAUGUUGUGGGGGUGCUUUGCUGCUGGAAGAACUGGUGUGUUUCACAAAAUAGAUGGCAUCAUGAGGAAGGAACAUUAUGUGGAUAUAUUGAAGACAUCGGCCAGGAAGUUAAAGCUUGGUCACAAAUGGGUCUUCCAAAUGGAUAAAGACCCCAAGCAUACCUCCAAAGCUGUGGCAAAAUGGCUUAAGGACAAGAAAGUCAAGGUAUUGGAGAGCAAUCUCAAAGCCCUGACCUCAAUACGAUAGAAACUUUGUGGGCAGAACUGAAGCGUGUGCGAGCAAGGGGGCCUACAAACCUGACUCCGUUACACCAGUUCUGUCUGGAGGAAUGGGACAAAAUUCCAGCUACUUAUUGUGAAAAGCUUGUGGAUGGUUACCCAAUACGUUUGCCCCAAAUUAAACUAUUUAAAGGCAAGGCUACCAAAUACUAACAAAGUGUAUUUUGUUAGUAACUUCUGACCCACUGGGAAUGUGAUGAAAGAGAUAUUAGCUGAAAUUAAUAAUUCUCUACAAUUAUUCUGACAUUUUUCCAUUCUUAAAAAAAGGAGUGAUCAUAACUGAGCUAAGACAGGGAAUGUUUUCUACGACUAAAUGUCAGGAAUUGUGAAUAACUGAGUUUAAAUGUAUUUGGCUAAGGUGUAUGUAAACUUCUGACUUCAACUGUACAUGUGUGUAUAUAUACAGUAUAUAUACACAACACACAUAGAUUAUAUAAACUAGGUUGGAUACCAGAAUGUGAAAGAAUCAAGCUUUUCAGUGCACUUGAUUUUGUUUAGUUUAGCUUAAUCUUUUAAAAAUACAGAAGGUGAUAUUAAUUAACACAAAGCACUAAUGUUUUAAAAUGUGUUAAACAGUAUGCUUUACCUUUUUUGUGCCACAAUACAUAUUAGCUGUGAAAAUAUACUGUGAAAUUCCAAGACAUUAGCAACCAGAAUUAUAUAUUUUGAAUGAUUAUUUUAUGAUGGCUGUAAUUGAUAAGAAUGAGUAAGGGGCCCAUGUAUGUCACCUUGCAUUGCCAUCCUUCCACAGGUCCAGAUAGCCAAAAACACAAGUCUGGGUGGGGAUGGAGAGUAGGGUGCCAUUUUGCUUUUAAAACUUAAGAAUAAAGCCUAAAAUACUGUUGUUUAAUCCCAGUGAAUGUAUUGACAAAUCUUGGCCAAAAGCACAUGGAUGGUUUUAAGAUAGGUGAGAGACAAAAGAUACAAUGUGGAGAUAUUUUAGAGGAUUUGUAAAC